CUUAAAACCUGCAGCUAUCUAAUUGAGGCGUUGGGAUUCCUCACGUGAGAAGUUGAUUUGUAGUUUGAACACGUGGCUCAUUCAAAAAGCCGGAAUAUUCAAGUGAUUUCUCUCUCUCUUUCUCUCUCCUCCCCUCCCCUCCUCCCACUCUGUUUUUCCUCCCCCUUCCCUUCCUCCCUUUUUGGGAGGGGCGGUGCCUACAUUCACGUAUUGUAACAUUUUCAUACUCCGCCUGCUGCUGCCAAAGGGGCUUGGGGGCAAGACAAAAAAAGUAGUUUCUCUGCCCCCCAUCUCUCCUCCCUUUCCUAUCUUUUCUUUUUUUUAACCGCCAUCCUAGUUCCAAAAGCGUCGUGAUUUUCACUAUCGGUUCGGAUAACGUUGUGAACCUUCAGUAUUCGGAUUUGGUCACGGGCUUCUUUCCUUUUUUUUUUAAACUGGUGUGUGUGAGAGAGAGAGGGAGUGAAAGAGGGAGAGAGAGGGGUGGGUGGGGGACGGACGGACGGAUACAAGCUGCAGUUGUGUUUUUGUGUGUGUGUGUUUUUAAAGCCCCUUGGCAUUUUUAUUUUACUCCCUGGAUCGUUUGAGGGGGCGUUUAUAUAUAUUUUUUGCAUUAUUGUUACAAGACGGCGCGUGGUGGUGGCGUCGUCGCCGUCGUCGUGGUUUUUUUUAUUUUUACAAAAACAUUAUUACUAUUAAGCAGAGCUCUAUUUUUUUAAUUAAAACGAGAAGAUGAACAAGCUGUACAUCGGAAACCUGGGCGAAAACGUAAGCCCUCUGGAGCUAGAAAGUCUCUUUAAAGAGUCCAAGAUCCCUUUCACCGGCCAGUUUCUCGUGAAGACGGGAUACGCGUUCGUGGACUGCCCCGAUGAGAACUGGGCUAUGAAGGCCAUCGAGGCACUUUCAGGUAAAGUUGAACUGCAUGGUAAACUCAUAGAGGUUGAACAUUCAGUUCCCAAAAGACAAAGGAGUCGAAAACUUCAAAUCAGAAAUAUCCCGCCACACUUGCAGUGGGAGGUGCUAGACGGAUUGUUAGCACAGUAUGGAACAGUGGAGAACUGUGAGCAAGUGAAUACGGAGACAGAGACUGCAGUAGUUAAUGUAACAUAUGGCAAUAAGGAUCAGGCCAGACAAGCAAUAGAAAAACUGAACGGAUUCCAGCUUGAAAACUACUCACUGAAAGUUGCAUAUAUUCCUGAUGAAAUGGCAGCACAGCCACCUCCUCAACAGCAUCCACAGGGGAGACGUGGAUUUGGGCAGAGGGGUCCUCCCAGGCAAGGUUCGCCUGGCGCAGGUACAAGGCAAAAACCACAGUCUGAUGUUCCACUACGGAUGCUGGUUCCUACCCAGUUUGUAGGAGCCAUUAUUGGAAAAGAAGGAGCCACCAUAAGGAACAUCACAAAGCAGACACAGUCAAAAAUUGAUAUUCAUCGUAAAGAAAAUGCAGGGGCUGCUGAAAAACCAAUUACGAUCCAUUCUACUCCAGAAGGGUGCUCAACCGCUUGUAAAAUUAUCAUGGAGAUAAUGCAGAAGGAAGCGCAAGAUACUAAAUUUACAGAAGAAAUUCCCUUGAAGAUACUAGCACAUAACAAUUUUGUUGGCCGCCUCAUUGGCAAAGAAGGAAGGAAUUUGAAGAAAAUCGAGCAGGACACAGACACUAAGAUCACAAUAUCCCCAUUACAGGACUUGACGCUCUAUAAUCCAGAAAGGACCAUUACAGUUAAAGGCAGUAUUGAAACAUGUGCCAAGGCUGAGGAAGAAAUAAUGAAGAAAAUCAGGGAGUCGUAUGAAAAUGAUAUAGCUGCUAUGAAUCUUCAAGCACAUUUAAUUCCAGGAUUAAAUCUGAAUGCCUUGGGUCUCUUCCCACCUUCUUCUUCAGGGAUACCACCUCCCACAGUAGGUGUUGCUUCAGCUGCUGCUGCCUCUUCAUAUCCUCCAUUUGGGCAACAGCCAGAGUCUGAGACUGUUCAUCUGUUCAUCCCAGCCUUGGCAGUGGGUGCCAUUAUUGGCAAGCAGGGGCAACACAUCAAACAACUUUCUCGUUUUGCAGGUGCAUCUAUUAAGAUUGCACCUGCCGAAGGACCAGAUGCAAAGCUGAGAAUGGUGAUAAUCACUGGACCACCAGAGGCACAGUUCAAGGCCCAAGGAAGAAUCUAUGGGAAACUUAAGGAAGAAAAUUUCUUUGGACCUAAGGAAGAAGUGAAACUUGAAGCUCAUAUAAAAGUGCCGUCCUAUGCUGCUGGUAGAGUUAUUGGUAAAGGAGGCAAAACGGUAAAUGAGCUUCAGAAUUUGACAAGUGCCGAAGUUGUAGUUCCCCGCGACCAGACACCAGAUGAAAAUGAUCAGGUGGUUGUGAAAAUUACUGGCCAUUUCUAUGCAUGCCAGCUUGCCCAGCGAAAAAUUCAGGAAAUUCUGGCUCAGGUAAGAAGGCAGCAGCAACAACAAAAGACAGCGCAAAGUGGACAGCCACAGCAGAGACGGAAAUAAAGGUUUAGGAAAAGACCCUUCGGAGACAGAUGCCAGACCAAAGAGAGACUGUAACGGACAGGUUCUGGGCACCUGUUGGAAUGAUAUGCAGAUGUUUCACAAAGCCAGUCACUUGUUUGAGGACCAGGCCAAAGUUGGCAUGCUGUCUCUGAGAAUGUAUUCUUUAGGCUCUCUUACUUUUGAAACCCAGCUUUAAACUUAAGGACCCCUUCACUUCCCUUUUGUUCUAUUCCUCACAGUUUAACAUAAACUUGUUAGUCUUCUUUUACUGUUCUUGCUAUUCCCCAGCAAUUUUAGAACUUGGUUUAAUGAAGCUUUCUCUUUUGAGUUCACUGAUUUAACAAGAAAAGGCAUUGCUCUUCUAGGUCCAUUUGUAAAAGAAGAAAAGACAAUUGGAGGGUGGGGUUUGGGGAGGGAGGGCGGGGUUUAGAACAAGGGCAUUGACGAGGUUACGUGUUACUCCCAAUGUUAACCAAGUGGCAUUUCUUUUAAACAUUUGGUUGCAUUUUUACAUAACACUGCCAUGUAUAAACUAAGGGAAAUGUUCAUUGAUGUUGGCCAGGGCAUGAAAAGAUAAAUAUGCAUUUUACUAAACUACCUCAGGCAUUUAAUACCUCAAUUAAGAAAUUGUUCCUUUUUUGCUUCUUCUUUUUUCCUUUUUUUUCUUUUUGGUAUUUUGUAUACUUUAUAAAGCUAAUAGUUCUUAAGCAUUUUAUUUUUUUAAAAAAAGAAAAAUUUGAUCAGCCAAUAGUCAGGAGCACUACAGAGUUUAUUGAGCGGGGGAAGGGAAAGAAAUAUAGUAGAUUGCUUCUAACUGCUGGCUGACAGGAGUGAGAUGGAAAAAUAGAUUCUGAUUAUAUCUGAGGGUGUCAACACAAUCAUUUGGGGUGGGGGUGGGUAGGGAAUCAGCAAAUGUUCAAACGAUACUUAAACAAAUGCCAACAUUCUGAUAGCAGCAAUGCCAUUAUUUUUUCUUUUACGAUGGGAUGAAAAAGUUUUUGAUGGUACUUUUGUUGGGAACAGAACAAGGAAGUGAUGGCAAGAGGCUGGGGCUUGGGGGUAAAUUUUAGAAGGUCUUUUGGAGACUGGACGUUUUUUUUCCUUUUUGUACUUGAUUGAAUGCAUGAACCCUUUGUGCCUUUGACCAUCACAACCUACCUACUAAUGCUACACCUAAACAUUUGCAGCCCAUUUGUACUUUGCCAGUUCUGUUUCAGAGAGCAAGCUUCAUCUUCAGUUUGGUAGGAUUCUUUAUCUGCUGGAGCAGUUUAGAGGUGUGGAUUCUCUGCAGCUCCAGCAGAUAGCUCCAUACCAUUUUCAGUUACCAUAAUAUUGGGUGGGGGGAGGAGGAAUCGAACGCUGUUUGAUCUCAUUUAAAGGUAUUGAAAGGCUAAGUUUACAUAUCCAGCCGAUACUAAGGGCCACACUAAGCCACUUCGAAGGUUUUUUAAAAAAUAAAAUAAAAUAAAAAGAAUACAACCUCAGGCUUGGCUAAUGAAAUAAGAUAACAGCAAGAUUUAUGCACAUUCUGCAACUGACCACAAAAAAGGAGGAAGAAAACUUAUCAAAAGGCAGGGAUCGCAGGAAAUUUACCAAAUUUAUUUUUGAUUUCAGAAUGUAAUUUGAAUCAUGAUUGUGGUAAUAUGCAUUCGAGUUUCUACAAUAAACUUCAGUCUACCUCAGUUUUAACAAUGUGGCAACACAUGGUGCAUAAAGACUGCUGUGUGCGUACGCGCCUGCCCGUGUACACGAGCCUUGCUAUUACCUCGGACCCUUUUGUUUGUGAUGUUUCUGUGCAUGAGAGGAUUGGAACUGCUACGCUGCACUGAGUUGAGGGGCACAAUUAGCAAAAACAAAAAAAAAGUUUGUUUCACCAUUUUGUUGAUCUACCUCUUAGAUUGAUAUUAAAAUAGAGGCAUUUCUUCAUAGAAUAGAUCAUUUUCCCAAAGAUCGUUGUUGUACAGGUUAGAUAACUUUUGAAAAAUGAUCUCUCUCUCUUUUUUUUUUACUGGAUCUUUUCUUUACUAAUUGGUUUAAAAACCACAAAUCUUUGUUGUAGUUUAGCAGAAGGGAAAAAUGAAAGUUUCUUUUCUAUUUUGGACAGUACUUAACCUAAUCUUUAGGAGACUUUUCUUACAAUGAAUUUACAAUUACUGAAGAAUUGAGAGAAGGUCAUAGUGUGAAUUUUUGUUGUCUGAAUUCAAUAUCAUUUUCUUAAUAUUGGGGAAAGAUUGACUUGUUUUUCCAUAACAGUUUUAUUUUGCAAAAUAAGUGCUGCAUUUACAUCUGCUGGUUUAAAUAUUGUAAUUUUUCUUAAACUUCUAGGCUUUAGAAUGGUAAAAUCAUGUCUUUUACUUUCAAUUGAGACUUGGUAAUUUGGAGUACUUGGAAAUAGGUAGGAAGUGAUUCUGUAAAUGACUUCAGUAUUUACAAAAGUAUUGAUCAUUUCUCCUCUGUAAUGUGCCCCCAAUGCAGCUUCACUUGCCAGAUGCCUCUGAAUGGAAUAAAGAGUUUAACUCCUAUUAUCAGACA